GCAUGCGCAGAGAGGCGGGACAGAGCCGUUCCCUCGGCGGAGCUGCGGGCUCGAUGUCCGUGACAUUUCUAUCAGAGUUUCCCGUGGGGGCUAAGCGGCGCUUUACUUCAGCCUCAUCAGAAGAGGUCACUGAUGACCAUGUUAACAGCGCCAGCAUCCAUGCCAUUCAGCCACUAAUUCUAGUUCAGUGUGCUUCCAGGUCGCCCUGCAUUUAUUCGUCCUCCUAAAGAUGCAUCCUGACUUGUCUCCACACUUGCACACCGAGGAAUGCAACGUCUUGAUUAACUUGCUUAAGGAAUGUCACAAAAAUCACAACAUUCUGAAAUUUUUUGGUUAUUGCAACGAUCUUGAUCGGGAAAUGAGAAAGUGCUUGAAGAAUGAGUAUACAGAGAAGAGGACCAGGAGCAGGGAGCAUGGUGCCGCCAUGCGAAAGAGGCUCUCUGACCUUCCAGAGGAAGCUGGAAGAUAGGUCCAUUGGAUGUCUUGACUGGAGACCUGAAGAGGGCUGGUAGCUGGAAAAAUCCCUUCCUUUUGGUCUCUACGAUCCUUUGAAUGAAAAGUGACCAUGAAGAACUGAACCAUGGAGAAACAUGAGACUGUGGGUUCUCAGUACUUUCCUGAACAAAAGCCCUUAGUGUCAUGGGCUGUGCCUGCCAAAGUUUCCUCUGCUGCUGCCCUGGGCCUCCAUCCACCUAGUACUGACUCACCUCCUGAAAUAAAGUAAUCGGACAGUG